UGGGAAUCUUACAGUCAGAGCAGCCUGCAAACCGGGUUUCUCCGAAGAAGCUUACACUGCACUAAUAUCCCAAAGCAUUCUGCAAGGAGAGAAGUUACUUAAAGGCUGAAGAAAAUGUACAUUUCAGGAGCAUCUAUGGUUGUACCAUUCAAAGAGAUUGUUUUCCUUUUCUCUCUUGUCAAAUUGGGAUUGUCCUUAAGCACAGAUAAAAUAAAUGGCCUCCUAAAUGUAAAAUUCAGCAGCUGUAGCAGUACCAAGGAAGUGCAGUAUGAGACCAACAAUUUGGACUUCAAAGUUGGGGCUGAUGGGACAGUUUUUGCUGCCCGGGAGAUGCAACUCCCCCCUAAACAGAUUGCAUUCAUGGUGACUGCAUGGGACUACCAGGCCGUGGAGAGAUGGGAUGCAAUAGUCCGAUUAUUGGUAGGGGAAAAGAUCUUUCCCCAUUCUGUUCAUAAGCAAAAAGGGAAGAAGAGCACAUCACUGGAAAUUAUGCAGCCACCAAAUGAUAUGCUGUUACCAUGGCCCCAACAUCAGAAUUCCAAUGGCCUAAGAAGACAAAAGAGGGACUGGGUCAUUCCACCAAUCAAUGUCCCAGAAAAUUCCCGUGGUCCUUUCCCACAGCAGCUUGUGAGGAUUCGAUCUGACAAAGAUAAUGAUAUUCCCAUCCGAUACAGCAUUACUGGAGUUGGGGCUGACCAACCACCCAUGGAAGUCUUCAGUAUUGACUCUAUGUCAGGUCGGAUGUAUGUAACUAGACCCAUGGAUAGAGAAGAACGGGCCUCCUACCAUCUCAGAGCCCAUGCAGUGGACAUGAAUGGAAACAAGGUGGAGAAUCCCAUUGACCUCUAUAUCUAUGUGAUUGAUAUGAAUGACAACAGGCCAGAGUUUAUAAACCAAGUCUACAAUGGAUCUGUGGAUGAGGGUUCCAAACCAGGGACUUAUGUGAUGACAGUGACAGCCAAUGAUGCUGAUGACAGUACCACUGCCAAUGGUAUGGUGAGGUACCGAAUUGUGACUCAGACCCCUCAGAGCCCAUCCCAGAAUAUGUUCACAAUUAACAGUGAGACGGGAGAUAUUGUCACUGUUGCAGCUGGACUGGACCGAGAGAAAGUUCAGCAAUACACAGUCAUCGUUCAGGCCACAGAUAUGGAAGGAAACCUUAACUACGGCCUCUCAAACACCGCGACAGCCAUCAUUACGGUGACAGAUGUGAAUGACAACCCACCCGAAUUCACCACGAGCACUUAUGCUGGUGAAGUUCCAGAAGACCGAGUGGAAGUUGUGGUAGCCAACCUCACUGUGAUGGACCGAGACCAGCCUCAUUCUCCCAACUGGAAUGCUGUCUACCGUAUCAUCAGUGGAGACCCAUCUGGACAUUUUAGCAUCAGAACAGACCCUGUUACCAACGAAGGAAUGGUCACUGUUGUAAAGGCUGUUGACUAUGAAAUGAACAGAGCUUUCAUGCUGACUGUGAUGGUAUCCAAUCAAGCACCUUUGGCCAGUGGGAUCCAGAUGUCCUUCCAGUCCACAGCAGGAGUCACCAUCUCAGUCAUGGAUGUGAAUGAGGCCCCAUACUUUCCUUCCAACAAAAAGCUGAUCCGCCUAGAGGAGGGUGUUCCCAUGGGUACAGUGCUGACCACAUUUUCUGCUGUGGAUCCUGACAGGUUCAUGCAGCAGGCAGUAAGAUACUCCAAGCUGUCUGAUCCAGCAAACUGGCUGAACAUUAAUGCCACGAAUGGUCAGAUCACCGCGGCGGCUGUCCUUGAUCGAGAGUCUGUCUACAUUAAGAAUAAUGUCUACGAGGCCACGUUCCUGGCGGCUGACAAUGGGAUCCCCCCAGCUAGCAGCACAGGGACACUGCAGAUCUAUCUCAUAGAUAUCAAUGACAAUGCUCCAGAGCUGCUGCCUAAGGAGGCCCAGGUGUGUGAGAAGCCAAACCUGAAUGUCAUCAACAUCACAGCUGCAGAUGCUGACAUCGAUCCCAAUGUCGGCCCCUAUGUCUUCGAGCUGCCCUUCAUGCCAUCCGCAGUGCGGAAGAACUGGACCAUCACCCGGUUAAAUGGUGACUAUGCCCAGCUCAGCUUGCGUAUCAUGUACCUCGAGGCUGGAAUGUACGAUGUUCCCAUCAUUGUCACAGACUCAGGGAACCCGCCUCUGUCCAACAUGUCUAUCAUCAAAGUCAAAGUGUGCCCUUGUGAUGAGAAUGGAGACUGCACCACCAUCGGUGCAGUGGCUGCUGCCGGCCUGGGCACAGGGGCCAUCAUUGCCAUCCUCAUAUGUAUCAUCAUUCUGCUAACUAUGGUUUUGCUGUUUGUGGUAUGGAUGAAACGCCGGGAGAAGGAGCGGCAUACCAAGCAGCUUCUCAUUGAUCCUGAGGAUGACGUCAGAGACAACAUUCUGAAAUAUGACGAGGAAGGAGGGGGUGAGGAAGACCAGGAUUAUGACCUAAGUCAACUUCAACAACCAGAGACAAUGGACCACGUAUUAAACAAAGCACCAGGUGUGCGGCGGGUAGAUGAGAGGCCAGUGGGGGCUGAGCCCCAGUACCCCAUCCGGCCAGUUGUCCCUCACCCAGGAGACAUUGGUGACUUCAUCAAUGAGGGGUUACGAGCUGCAGAUAAUGACCCCACAGCACCUCCCUACGAUUCCCUGCUGGUCUUUGACUAUGAAGGAAGUGGUUCCACAGCUGGCUCGGUCAGCUCUCUGAACUCUUCCAGCUCUGGGGACCAAGACUACGACUAUCUCAACGACUGGGGACCCAGGUUCAAGAAACUUGCGGACAUGUAUGGAGGGGGCGAUGAAGAUUAACUGACCUCAUAUUCUUAGAACAAAAUCGAAAAAGCGAACGGACAGCAGAGAAGCAAGAGCUGUACAAAAGUGGCAGCUUUUUUAAUUACUCCCCCCUGCUGACUGUAUUAUUUUAGUGGUGAGUUAGGAGUUACUUUCAUGAUUUUUUUCCCCAGAACAUUGAGCUGUCUAGCAUGAACACUUGUUGUCUCUGCUCCAUUUUUCUUUUUUUUAAGUGUCAGCAGGGUUAUGGCUCAUUACAAUAUCCGCUUUAUGACUAAGGAGAGUGAAAGGCACUCUGUCUUAACUUGAAUUUCUUAGAACAGAAGUACUGUUUUUAAAAAAAAAAAUUGAAAGUGCCUUUUGGUACAUGUAUCAGAUUCCCUCGAUCUCAGGAGCGAUUAAAAACAAACAAAAGUUUCGACCAUCAUGAGCAGCACUCUCUCUGACCCCAAGCUAGUUCUGGCUCUGAAGGAAUAAUGAAGGAACUGUGGAGAUUGUUUCUGGUUUUUGUUUUGGGGUGGUCUUUUUUCUUUUUCUUUUUUUCAUUUUUUUAAAAGAAAAAAAUAAAGUGGAUGACUUGUUUCACAAAACAAACAAAAAACACACAAAACUUAUUGGGGUGGGGGAUCCAAAUAGCCAUUCUUUAGUACUCCGCAGGUGUUGGCUUAGUCAUCCUUGUUGUUUAUGCUUCAGUGUUAACAGAUGCACUUAUCACUCGGGAUCCCUCUUCUCCCCUGGCAACAAUUGAGGUAGCCACAUAAAACAGCCAGGUUGAUUAGCCUUGGGCUAUGGGCUCCUCUGGAAAGUCUCCACUAGGCCAGGUGAACACUCUCUACCCCUAACCACCAACAGACCAAAGGAGUAUCUCUUUGUGUUCUGCCCUCCACAGGUUUCUGGCUGCCCCCAGGCUACUGAGUCCUGUAACUAAAUCCUGGCCAAGCUACAUGUUGCUGUCAGGCAUCAUCACUGAUGCAUAGCCAUUCCCAAGGACAGAUACUGCUUUUUUUAUCACUUUGACAUUUCACAAGGACCCUGCCGGCCACCUCCCCACUCAGUAUUAAAGAUGUACCCUGACUUCAUUAGCCCAUCACCCUCACCUCCAUCUCCCUUGUCUAGUAAAGUAUUCAUGUUCCAAGCACCAACAGCCAAAGUCAGACAGCAACAUGUAAACCAGCUAGUGUGUGUCCCCACUACCCAGUGGGUGUUUGACACUGCUCCCUCUAAUCAAGUCCACGGGGGAGAGCGGCAACCGUGGAUGAAGGCAUGCUCACUCCGCGGUGCAUGCUCCUGGCUGUGCUCCAAGAAUACCAACUUAGCAAAAGGUUUCAUAGCAUCCAGAGAAUUGAACCUCAGAAUUAGAAAUGGUAGUAACUACCUAGUUUGUAUGUAAGGUCAUGUUGAACCAAUAUGAAAUAGCUAUUAGAUCUGAAAACAAUACUUUUCCCCCUUUACUGAUUUGGACUUGUGGGUUUCUGUCUAAUGUCUGUGAGAUGAUUUCAACUGCAUGGAUAUGUGAUAUGAACCAUGUUUCUUGGGUUAGAAGCCACCUACGUCCCGUGCUAUGAGUCCCUGGGUAAAAUAUGUAUUUUUUUUAAUAUUCUGCAACUGAGUUUAGGGCGACUAUGAUAAAAGUGUCAAUCUCUAGCUCUCUUUUCCUUUUGAUUCCAAGUUUAUGUGUGUUCUCAGAAAGUGACUAUCUGAGGAUAAUGACUUUUUCCAUGAUGAGGAUGAUUUUGAAUGCUGAAUGUUAAAGGAGGGAGAGAGGCAGGGAUCCCUGUAGCAGCAAACGGGUCCCAUGAAGGAGAGUGUACUGGGCUGCUAUUGCUUAUAAGUGAUGAACAUGCUCUUUGUGCAUUUCCCAUUUCACCAGAGUCUAUCUUCCCUAAGAUGCAACUUAUUUGAACAAAAGAGUGCUUGGAACAGGUGCCAUCUGGACUCCAGAGAGGACAGAAGGAAUGCAAAAUAUGUCCUCAUCCCAUCUCCCAUUUGCAAUCCAAUGUGUUUUCCCCAUUCACCACUUGGUUGGUGAGGAGGAAAAAGCUUAAAGGGAACUUCCUGAGAAAAUAUCAUGUUAGACAGGAACUCAGGAAAUGCCCCCAAAAGGUUGAUGGGUUGGCAGGGGGUGCACCAUGAUAGUUUAGUGGGUUUUGCUAAGUAACCUGCACUUGGUAGGGAACCCACAGUCCCCAUACACAGCAUCCUCCCAUCCCUUUCCAACACAGAAACCUCUACACCCACCCUAAGGUGCCUCUUACUUGGAUACUCCCCUUGUAUUCUGGUGGCUCUUCCCUGCCCCCAUUAUUUCUUGGAGAAAGGAGUGGUGAGCUAAUUUUCUCAGCCUAUGGCCCCUUUCCCUGUCCUUUCCCCAUUCCUUUAAGGUACAUAUAUGACAAACAGUAUAGUAUCUCCCAAUUUAAAGUCAUAGGUGUGCCUCACCUUCACCACCUCCAUCCCCACUGACUCUACCUAAGUGCACUGACUGUGGUGUGGAUCAGUUAUUAAUGCUCAGACAGUGUUUCUGUCUCUUCUUGUAAUUUCUAGAGUACUUCAGAGGAAAGGGAAUGGGAGGGGUGGGGAUGGGGAGAUAGAUCCUUUCUCAAAAAACUGAGGGUCAGGGUUCCUCCUCUGGCCUAUUUUUUCCCUCUAUGCAGGCAGCCAGGUCCCCAAGGAGAUGUACUCACUGAAGCCAAGGGGGAGGGUAGGUCAGGCAGGUGGUUGGGAAAGCUUCUCAGUGUAAGCUAUUCCCAUCCCAUCUUACCCCAGUUCUAAGCCAUGCUAUGCAAACCAUUGGGGGUCAGUUAGCCAAUGAGAAUUGUCUGAAAUGUUAUGGGCAUGGGGGAGCAAAAGAGGGAGGGGGAGGGGGGACUAAUGGAAUUGUUGGUGGGGUUAGGGGUGAUGGAUUGUGAGUUUGGUAGUGGUUGUCAUUUUUUUAAGUUCACCUUUUAGGUAGAUGUUUUUAACCUGAGGACUGUGAAUUAUUUUUAAAUGUGAAUAUGAUCUGUUGACUGAAGCAAGUAUAAAUGUUUUUCCCUGAACUUCCCAAGAACACAAUAGCUGCUAGUUCUCAAAUCUAGCUCUAGGCUGGCGCUCUCUCUCUCUCUCUCUCUCUCUCUCUCUCUCUCUCUCUCUCUCUCUCUCACACACACACACACACACACACACACACACACACACACAGAAUGUUAACCUUUUUGGUCAUGAACCCCUUUGACAGUUAGGUUAAAGCCUAUGGACCCCUUUUCAGAAUUACAUUUUUUAAUGCACAAAAUAAAAGCAUAAUUUUUUUCCCAUGUAAUCCUGUGUAAAACACAGGAUAACAAGGGAAGCCAAUUAUACUGAAGUACAGCUAUCAAAAUAUUUAAAAUACUCAGACCCCCUGAAAUCUAUUCACAAACCACACAUCAAGAACCUUGCUCUAGAAGGAUGCCCCUAAAUUUGGAACAUCUUACUAAAGGAGAUGGGAAGAGGGGAGAGAGGCUGGUAAAUGUACCCCUGAAGAUCUGCUCUAUGGAGAAAUGAAUAAUGUUGACAAGACCCACUUACAAUUCCCAUUGUUCAAAGUGGCACAUGCACCAGAAUAGGAAACUGUCUUAGCCCCUGAAAGGACAUGAUCCUAGGAUCCCUUUCACUAACCUUUCAUCUUGCAAUGUAAAGUGAGAGGGACUUAAGGGGCUGGAGGAAAGUACUUUUUCUGCACUUCUUCCUCUGAGCUUGUUUUUUUUUCCUCUUUGCUUCUUGCCACUGCCAAUGGGCACCAGCAAAAUUCUGUUGUCCAUUCGUUCACUAAGAAGGCAGAGGUUAUGGGAAUGCAGGAUGGCAAAGACUUUUUCUCUGUGUCUCAGACUUGCCAGCCCCAACUCCACUAGGGCCCCUAUCUCUUCCCAGAGCAAUCUUCAAACCCAGGCUUAGGCUAGUGAAUUAGCAUUAACCAAUAGUACAAUCAGUGUCAAAAGUCUGUGAUUAGUAGCUUGUAAAUAGAAAGUUUCAGUGGAAAAGUGAAACUGAAGCCCAUGAGCCUCUCCAUAGGAAGCUAGAAGCAACUGGCAUGGCAGGGUGUGGGCUCAAGAUUUAGAUGGGGGGGGGGUGGAGUUUGUUCUGUAAUGAGCUGGAUGGUUCAGCACCAAACAGGGUUGGGUAGAAAACAGAAUAGGGACAUUGCUUCUGUUGGCCCUCCCUAUGCAUUUGUCCACAAAACCAUCUCCUCUUUGUAAUGUCUUUCAGCACAUCCAAAGUGCUCAAAAAAAUGUCAGAUUUAAAAAGCCAGGCUUCUGCCCCUCAGAAAUGCCACUAUUUCCUUUGGGGGGAGAUCUUUGCCUGACACUCUCAAUCAGAAAAUAGGUCUGGACAAUUUAGUUUUCUUUCAUCAAGGCAAAAAGACAAAAAAAAUCUCAAUUUUGGCAAAGUGAAAGAAAAAAAAAAGAUCUCAAGUACCCAGAAUACGCCUAAAACUGCUCACUGCAAAUAUGUAUGUAUAUAAUGUAGGUACUGCUCGAUGCUACAAAUCAAGUUGGAGAAAAGUCACAUCUAUGUACAGAAACAGAACGCUUCUUCCUUUUCCUUUCUCUCCUUUUUCUUUCCAUUUGGAUUCUUUUUUUUCUUUUGCAUGUUUCUUUUGACAAUGGACAAAAUGUGUAGCAGCCUGCAUGAUGGUGGUUGUUUUUGGGCAAGGCGACUGGUGUACGAUGCAUUCACACUGCAGCGCCAAGCAUUGCGCAGUUCAACAAAAGGUCCAACUUUUUUUGUAAUCGUCAACAGCACAACUCUUUUGUAUUGUUGUUUGUACCAUUUUGUACCAAAAAAAAAAAAAGAGGAAAAAAAAGGGAAGAGAGUCAAUGUUUUCAAUGUGUUUUUAGUGCCACUGCGAUCUUGGUUCAAAACUGAAUGACAGCUUUGCGGAUUUCUUGUGUAUGGGAGCAGAGCUGGGUCGUUGGCGCGUUGCUCCAGUAUAAUAAAUAAAG